AUGACUGUCCGCGCUUCCUUCGUCCUCCUUGCCGUGGCCCUGGCCUCGGCGGUCAACGUCGCCAACGCCUCCAUGACCACCCGCUACUGGGACUGCUGCAAGCCUUCCUCGGCCUGGGGCGGCAAGGCCGAUCUCGUCAGCAACCUCGACAUCUGCCAGAAGGACGGAGUCACUCUGAUCCCCGACUCCGCCCGCGACAGCGGCCAGUCGUCGUGCAACGGCGGUGAGCAGUACCUGUGCAACAACCUGCAGCCGUUCAGCGACUCUGAGAACCCGUCCGUGGCCUUCGCCUACGCGGCCUUCCCGUCCAACAACGAGCGCGAGACGUCUUGCUCGUGCUACGAAGUGAGCGUCACCGGCGGCAAGGUUGCCAAGAACAUCAUUCUCCAGGCCGUCAACAUCGGUGGCGACGUCAACCAGGGCAACAUCGACAUCCAGAUCCCCGGCGGCGGCGUCGGCGCCUUCCCCCAGGGCUGCCAGAAGCAGUGGGGCGACACGUCGGGCUGGGGACAGCAGUACGGCGGCGUCGGCGACGAGGGCUCGUGCAGCAAGCUGCCCAACCCGCUCCAGCCCGGCUGCAAGUGGCGCUUCGAGAACUGGGGUGACAACCCGAUCAUCAACGGUACGCCCAAGCGGGUCCGAUGCCCCGCUAGCCUCAUCCAGCGCUCGGGAUGCCUCCGCAAGGACGAGAUGAGCCAGCAGCCCAGCACCCUCAAGGUCGCCAGCGCCAACCAGGCCGUCACUGCUGGCUUCAAGCGUGGCAGCGCCGCCGCCUCGUCCAACCCCAGGAACAACGCGGCCACCGGCACGACUGCUCCCGCCACUGGCGCCGGUGCCGGUGCCGGUGCCGGUGCCGCUACCGGCUCGGGCUCGACUGGCUCGACCGGCUCGACUGGCUCCACCGGCUCGGCUGGCUCCACCGGCUCGACUGGCUCCACCGGCUCGACUGGCUCCACCGGCUCGACUGGCUCGACUGGUGGUGCUGGCCAGGCCGGUGGCGUCACUGCUCCUGGUUCGGCUAGCGGUAACGGACAGGCCGGCAGCGCGCCGGUCGUCCCUGGCUCCUCGUCCAACGGCACCGGCGCUGUCGUCCCUCCGGUCCAGGGUGGCCAGGCUCCCAGCCCCAAGCACCACGGUCACCAGGGCCACGGCGUCAAGCACCACGGACACCAGGGCACGGGCGGCCAGAGCGCCGCUCCGGGCAAGUGCGACAGCGGUGCCGUCACCCAGCCCACCAAGAACAACGCUACCCUCAAGAUGGAGCGUCGUGACCGUGGCGCCUGGAUGACCAACUACAACGACUGCUGCAUCCAGUCCGGAUCGUGGUCGGGCAAGGCAGACGUCUACAACCCGGUCAAGGUGUGCAACAAGGCCGGCCAGCAGAUUCCCAACACGUGGUCGAUGAAGUCGGCGUGCGGAUCCGGCGCCUCUGGCGACCUCACCUACACCUGCCCCGACAUGGCCCCCUUCACCGACGCCAACGGACAGACGAUCCUCGGCUUCACGGCCAUCAGCGGCAACCUUCACUCCGAGGCCGACACCGAGUGCGCCUGCUACGAGACCACGCUCAAGGCUAGGGGCCUCCCCGAGGACGUCCACCGCUGGACCUCGAAGAACAUCAUCUACCAGGUCACGUCCGUCGGCGGCCUCGACAAGGCGGAUGACAUCGACCUCCUCACCCCCACCGCCGGCAUGGGCGAGAACAUGCUCGGCUGCCCCACCCAGUACCCGGGCGCCGCCUGGCUCGACACCAAGAACUUUGGCGGAAUGAAGGCCCAGUCUCACAACCAGUGCGACUCCCUCGUCCGCAACAACGUUUGCAUGAAGAAGGGCUGCUACUUUAUUGCCGACCUGCCCAACAACCCCUGGAUCGAGCGUAGGGCCCGACGCGUCGCAUGUCCCGCGCGCCUUCUGGCAAUCUCCCAAUGCCAGCGCAAGGACGACUACAAGUUCCCGGCCUCGAACUUCGCAUCGGAGAGCUGCAACAAGCCACCCGUUGGCUUCAACAAGGCCGGAUUCAAGUUCGACUUCAAGAACAGCAAGUGCCAGGGCGCCCUCACCGCCGCUGCGCAGGCCGGACAGUGCGCCGGUAUCUGA